CCAGGCUUACAACUGUGUUUGUGGGGAGAAUGGGGUGUCACUGGUGAGAACAAACUGUGGGGUUACCAUGUGCCCUAAGUGCUUGGAAACAAGGCAUGUCCUCUGCAGAGUUUGUACUGAGACGGAGCAAACACCUCGGGGAAUCCUGGGCGAAAUGAAGAAAUCCACACUUCACUUGAGUUUACUGGGUCACAACAAGGACGGCGUUAUCAAGAUCACUUACCGCAUUCCUGAUGGUAUCCAAGGGGAGGGUCAUCCAUCUCCUGGAAAACCAUUUAGAGGAGGGACAUUCGAGGCUUUCCUCCCCGACACUGAGAAAGCAAAGAAGCUGCUGCCCAGGCUGGAGAGAGCCUUCAGGGGGGGACUCACCUUCACAGUGAGAGGAAAAGGUUCGGAGGCCCAGGUCACCUGGGACUGCAUCCCACACAAAACUAGCUUGCAGGGCGGCAAAGCACAGAAAGGGUACCCAGACUCCAACUACUUGACACGGUUGUCUGACGUCUUGAACUCACAUGGGAUUGAUUAGCCAUCAGCAGAGAAGGAAUUCUUCUGGGAUUUUAUAUAUUUUAUCUGGUUAUUGAAUGACAUAUUGAUUGUCAUUUGAUUAUCCAUCCUUAAAUUUUCUUGACCUGCUUUUUCUUGCAGAAUUACAGGGAGUUGGUACCAAUAUUUCCAGCGGUGAACGGUGGGGUACACCCUGCACGUCACCAGUUUGUUCGUCAUUUCAUUAUAUUCAGGUUAUUUUGUUCCACUGUAAAAUUCAAAAUCCGAUUAUUUAUCCACACAGUAACUGAACCCUCAGGGAGUGGAUGCACGUUAAUGCAGAUCUUGUAUAUUUUCAUUUCUUGUUUUAUUAUUAAUAAUUAUAAUAAUUCAGUCUUGUAAUGUGUUUUAUUGAUCCUCCAUUGUUUGCUUUAUUUUAGACAGCAUCUCCAACAUGUUUCUAUUGCAAACAGGUGUUUUAUUACUAAAGUUGCACUGGACUGUAAAGACACACACUUUUUACCACUUUGCAAGGUUUUAAUCAUCAUCCAGUAAAGGAGCAGUUCGAAUCAUAUUGGGCAAUAAAGUUAUUAAAGUCCGG